GGCCCCUGCCAACGGCGUUGCGGUUCGUUUUCUAGGUUUAGAUUCACUUUCGUUUCUGUGCUUGUGCUGCCCUGUCGCAAGCAUAGUAAGCAUCAUGAUACGCCAAUGUAAUAGCUAUAUUUUAAACCUACUGCCGCAUAAAAGAAGCUGUGUUUCGUAGAAAAUAGUUUGCGAAUGGAGCUAUGAUUUCGAGUCGCAUGACCGACAAACGGAAAGCUGUUGUCCAAAUGGGCCUGUCCUUCGCUGUGAUUGCGACAGAUGCGGCCGUGUGAACCCAAUUUGGUUUUAACAUAGUACCCGUCAACAAGCCGAAAUGUGGCGCUCAGCCCCAGACAUGGUGCGCAGCGUUCUAUCCAAGUAUCAGCGGGAGUGUUUGCUUCAAGAGGAAGGCUCCCGCCAAGAGGAGAAGCGCCAGAGCCUUGAAGAUGCUGCCUGGCGACUAGUCUGUAAGCUUCCACAUGCAAACAAGUUUGUCUGCAAACCUGUUGAGGCUGUCCUGCGUCGAGCGCUCGAAGAUGAUGCUUCCUUUGAGCCUCUUCAAGCUGCCACCGCCUUUGCUGCUCUCGAAGAGUAUGCUACCAACCUGAUACUCCAGCCAUGGCGAACCGAAUUGCUACAAAUUAAGCUUUACAGUGGCUACUACAAGCACACCGUGGAGCGAUACCUCAAGAAUGCAGAAACAGUACUUCAGCUGAUGGGCUAUGAGAAGCGAGAAGGCGGUGUGCUGUACUUGACUGAUGCUGUAGACACUGCCACCUUGGGUGAUGUGGCACUAGAUUGCCUCAUAGCAACAGCUGAAUGUAGGGUGCUGGCAGCUAUAAUGGAUGGUAUCAGGGAUCGCGGCUUGUCAUUGAGUUGGAAAGAAAUAUACAGAUUUCGGCGAGACUGCAGCUGUUAUCCCGAGGAUGCCGUUCGAAGCCUGGUGCAAAAGCAUAAAUACAAGAGCUCCAAGCAGCCUAUUCCAGCGUUCAGUGCAAAUGAGCCUUGUUUAUCGUGGCGAGAUUUACCGAUUAGCGAUUAUCAAAUGACUUCCAAUGGCACUUGGCCAUCGUCCAAUUGGCAAUCACACGUUGGGGCAUCAGCUCCCGAUACUUCAGAUAUUAAACGACACACAGCAUCAGGUUACAGAGCUUCACUGCAUGCAGCCAGACAUCCUCAGGAUCUGGUAAUGGGCAGUCCAGAUGUCUUGGGCAAUACUGUAGCUGAUGGUGACUCGUAUGCAGAUGCUUACGGUGUUUCCGCUGGCUCCUGGGGAGGUUACUGUACUGCCAGUGGUUACGACUUUCCUGGCGCUGCGUCAAGAGCUGGUGAUCGGUCUUUUCUGCACUGCGGUCUGGUUGGGGAACAGUGCUACCCAGUGCUUGCAGAUAUGCCUAGCCGUCUAUCACGCCACUCUGGGGACUGCGGCAGCAGUAGGGAUGCAACUGGCCAUCUGUCUCAAGAUUUUAGAUCACUUUCCCUGGGAUCAAAGCUGAGUGGGCUGGAAAUGAAUGGCAUGCCUCAUGAACCAUCCCUUGCCAUGGCAAAUGCUAGGCUACCUUCUCAUCCUGACAGCACUGGGGACUGUCUCGAUGCAGCUGCUGUGGUACAGGCCUCCCAACGCUACUUAGAGGCAGAGGAAGCAGCUAGUGAGAAGCAGAUAUGGUCCUGUGGGGCAUGCACAUAUCUCAAUGCGCCAGAGCGUGACGUGUGCGAGAUGUGCAGCAAAAGCAAGCACCUGGGCCCAGAGAUGACUCCAUUGCUCUCUGGCGGCAAGCAGUGCCCUUUAUGCACGCUUGUCAAUGAUCGUCAAGCAUUGUCCUGCAGUGCAUGUAGUCAGUCGCUGAAAGACUCGCCCACAUACAUUUGAUAUACUGCCUCUACCUUGGUGAUUAUUCUAGGUCUUAAGAAAUGGGUCAUGGGCAUUGGAAUAGGCGAUAGUAUGUUUCAGCUCGCUUGCUGCCGUAUUUUUUUCAUUCUUAUACAUUACAUCCUCCAGAGGUCCAUCAUGCAAUGUUGGCUGUGCAAGUAUUUAAACAUGCUCAUGUUUGGCAGCUAGAAGAGCCAAAACAUUAAAAUUUAUUCAAUUUGUUUGUAAACUUCAAUCUUAAAAUUGUGUGUUUGGAGCAUCCAGGCUUUUUCUAUAGCAGAUAAGUCUGGUAAGAGUGUCACAAUGAAGCCUUUGUUGUAGGUGUUGCAAUGCAAUGUUCUGGAGUAUAAACUGAUAAACAGUAUGUUUGCAGGUGCUCACCUGAUGUCCCUCUGGAGUGUUAUUCACAUAAUUUAUUUCGCCUAAUGCAUGGCCUUCAGUUGUAUUUUACUGAGGUUUUUCAUCCAUGAGAAAGUGCGCUUUUAAGGCUAUGAGCAUUCAACAGGGUGCCGUCACUUAUACCAUUUCAUUAGUCUUUAUUCUUAGAAUGAAACUAAUGUUAUGUUAGAACAUGUACAGUGUGUUUGUAUAGUCUUUUUUUUUCUGUUGCUAGAAGCAGUGGCAAAGCCCUCAUUACUGCUUUUGUGUGUUGAUUAUUUCUUCUAGGAUAUAAGGUCACAACUCCUGCAUUUUGUGGCAGAUUGCUUUUUAAUGACUUGUUAACUCAGGAUUGUUAUCCAGUUAAAGAAUUCCAUCGGCAGGAAUUUUAGAUGGCUCGAGUGUUUGUUCUUGUGCUGAUAUUGUUUGUUGAGGCAGCAAAAUGCUGCUAACCAGUGUUACAAGACCUAUGGAUAUUUGCCACUUCGGAUAUUUGCCACUUCCUCAACACAUUAGUUUACAAUUUUUGCUCACCUUUUUCGCUGAAGAAAAUAAGAAAGAUUAUGAAAAAAAAAGGAAGAUAAAUGCAAAUUAAAGAGUGAUGUUAAGCUUGACCAGCAUCUUGCAUUUUUGGAACCCUCGAAAUGCAAGUCUGACUGUUAGUAGAGUAAGCCCGAAAACAUAUUCAAAAAAGGAUGAAACUGAAUUUCCACACCUUGUUCUUAUGACUUCUUGAUAUAUAUAUAUGCAAAGCAUCUUCUCAAGAAUAUCACCUGCCACAAUGGUCUAUUGGUUAUGGUGCUUGACUACUGACCUGAAGGUCGUGGGAUCAAAUCCCAGCCGUGGCAGCUGCAUUUUAAUGCAGGAAAAAUGCUAGAGCCCCGUGUACCUGCAUUUGAGUGCACGUUAAAGCACACCAGAUGGUAAAAAUUUCUAGAGCCCUCCACUACGACAUCUUUCCUAAUCUUAUCGUGGUUUCGCGACAAAAAAGUCCCUACAGUUACAAAAAAAUUAAUUUAAAAAUUUUAAUUCUUAAAAAGAGGUACCGUGAACCCCACUUAUACAUUCCUCACAUAUACAUUUUCCUAAUUGAAACAUUUCAGGCAUCCACUUUCAGCAAUGAAUCUACAGACAACACCUAUCCAUCAAUCAGUUUGGUGAUGUGACAGGGCCAUUUAAAUGCUCAAAACUUUUUGGGUCUGCAGAAAUGCAAUAGAGAUGUCAGACUUCCAUCAACUGACGAAUAAUUUUUUUCCGGGUAAAUCUGAGUGUAACGUGUUUCAUUAUUUAGUAGCACUUUAAUUUUAACUAUAUGUUUGCAUAAUAGCUUUCUCAGCUACUGUGUUUUUUUUUUUUUUUUGGCUGUCCUAUAAAAAAUGUAUUGCAGGGGUUCUACUGUAGGAGUUUAUCAACAAGCAAAGAUUAUAUAUCUCAUUCUAAAGGAAUCAUACACAACCCACUAGGUUUUGAAAAUUCUGUACAAAAGGAGCUGAAAAUGUGAAAAGUACUUUGACGUGAUGACAUCAGUCUAACGCACAAAUGCUGAAGUUGAGGUAUGAAGUUCGGAAGGAGAAACAUUAUUUUUAUUUUCUCUGCAAACAACCAAGUGUCUUCUUGAUGCAAACGCACAUUAACUUUAGAGGGAAUGUCAGACUAGAGAAGUACCAGAGUUGUUUCACGGAGCACCCUAUAGGACAUAAAAGUUUGAAGUGUAAACUGACUUAUGGAAAUAUUUGUUACCAAUUUUAUUCUUGUGAUUGUUUGUCAAUAUAGCUGGGACUGUCUCAGAAAUGCCAGCUUAUGUUCAUUCAGGGCACCAUUUUACUGUGUUGCUGCACCGGUUGCGUAUGUGAAUGUAGAUACCCUGACGAUAGAAAAGUUUGUCACUUGCAUACUCUAAGCAUGAAACAUGCAUGAAUAAAGUUUAUUGGCUUUA